GGUGGUUUAAACUACAGAGAUAUGUAACCCCAUUGAUUAACAGAUGUCUCAGACAACAACUACACACACAAGCACCCUCAAACUCUCAACUUCGGCCCAAUCGUUGACGGUUCAGCCUGGAAGGCUGAUCAACACGAUCCACGAAACUGCACUUUUUGGAGCAAAGCACUCAUGGGGUGAUGAUCCAACAGAGACUGGUGUCUGUCGUCUUGCCCUCAGUGAUGAGGACAAAAAGGUUAAGGACUGGUUCGUUGCUGAGACCAAGAAGUUGGGAUGUAAGAUCACCAUUGAUGCUAUGGGUAACAUCUUUGCCCUUUUCCCAGGUCAAAAGGAUGCUAAACCGACAGCCAUGGGCUCUCACUUGGAUACACAACCAACAGGUGGUCGUUACGAUGGUAUCUACGGUGUACUGAGUGGUCUUGAAGUGUUGAGAACGUUGAAGGAGAACAAUUACACUCCCAAAUAUCCAAUCGUUCUUAUCAACUGGAUGAACGAAGAAGGUGCUAGAUUCCCAAUGGCGUUGAUGGCAUCCUCAGUGUGGGCAGGCCUCAACACAAAGGAGGAGAUCUAUCAAAUGGAAUCCAUAACCGACGACACACCUGUUACAGUUGGUGAGGAACUUGAGAGAAUCGGAUACAAGGGAGACGUUGACUGCUCUCAUUUGGCAAUGCCGAUCGCAGCGCAUUUUGAGAUUCACAUUGAACAAGGACCUGUCUUAGAGCGUGAGGACAAAAAGAUUGGUGUUGUUGUUGCUGUCCAAGGUUACAGCUGGUGGAAGGUUCACGUCAAGGGUAAAGAACAACACACCGGUACUACACCAAUGAACAUGAGAAGUGACGCAUUGCUCGCCGUUGCCAAGAUGAUUGUUAAGGUCAACGAAAUUGCACAUAAGUACGAUGGUAUGGGUUCUACAGGAACUUUGGACUUGGAGCCAGGUGUCAUGAAUGUUAUCCCUGGCGAGGUUAGUUUCGGUCUUGACUUCCGUCAUCCAGACGAUUCCAAGAUGGCUUUACAGAUCAAGGAAGCCAAAGAAUCGUUUGCUGAGAUCGCCAAGUCCACCGGUGAUCUUAUCACCGUGGAGUUUGAGCACAUCGCCACACAGCCUGCUACACACUUCAACAAGACAUGUAUCAAAUGUGUCCGUGAGAGCGCUGAAGAGUUGUAUGAUAAGGACGAUAUUAGGGACAUCGUCUCAGGGGCUGGCCAUGACUCAUGUGCCACAGCAUUGCACGUUCCAACUUCCAUGAUCUUUAUUCCAUCCAGAGAUGGUGUAUCUCAUAACCCAGAGGAGUACAGCACGCCAGAGCAAGUGCAUGAAGGAUUCAUGACGUUACUGGGAGCGGUGUUGAAGUACGAUGCAUUGAGAGAAGAGUAGGCGCCCUUCCCCUCCCCCCUUUGGAGAGGUUUCUGUUUUCAAGUCCCAUAUUUAGUUCAAUAUACAUAUACCAUAGCA